AUGAUGAAAAUUAUCGUCCUCAUCUCUGCUUUGGUAGCCAUCGCAGCCGCCAAACCAGCUCUACUCAGUGCCCCAAUCGUAGCAGCCCCUGCGCCAGUGGUCACGGCUACCAGCUCGCAAUACUACCACCGUAUUAACAAUGGACUUGCCGCGUAUGUAGCUGCCCCAGCUGCCUAUGUAGCACCAGCUGCCCCUGUCGUAGCAAGCUCACCUUACGUAGCAGCCCCAUAUGUGGCAUCUCCCUAUGUAGCAUCCCCUUACGCAUCUGCCCCCUAUUUAGCCGCCCCCGCAGUAUAUGCCUAUUAA